UUUUAUUAUUGAUAAUUUCGUUAUCUCUGUCGAUGUUUCGAUUUCCAAGUAAUUCUUGAUAAAAUAGCUUAAUAUUAAAGUCCAACAAAGAAACAGUCAUCCGAUCAAACUUGAUGUUAAAACACCAAUAAUCGUCGAUUGCUGUUAAAUUAUUGAAAUUAACCGAGUAGGUCGACUUCUGCAACGUGCAAUGUGGCGCCAUCUUGUCGACGAGCGGUCAGUCGCACGCUUGCACUUUCCAUGGCAGUAGGCGGACCUGUGUUUUGUCGGGUGGUUAGGUUGCUCGUUCUCCGCGUUCGAAUGCGAAUCCCAGUACGAAAGAGCCAUGAAAUAAGAGGACCGUACGAUGCACACGACGCGCAGCGUGAGCCGAGAUACGUCUGCACGUCGUACCGUUUGAAAAUCGUCUCGGUCCGAGCCACCGAGAGCCCCGCGCGCGCACAUUUUAAGGUUAAAACCGUGCGGAAUCGGUCGGGCGCGUAACAAUGCGCCGCGUGAGAAAUUCGUACGGUGAAAGUCUGCUGGACUUGUACGUGCAAUCGGAAUUCCGGCGAGGCGAACGUUGUCGCGGGCUCCUCGUCGCUUUCUGACCGCCUUCCUCUUCGUGCGUGCGUGCGUCUCGUUUCGUGUGCGUUCUCGUUCGCGGUGCAAACACACCACGACAGCCCUGAGUCGUCCGAGUGACGAGGAGAGAAGAGGACAGAGAGUGAGAGAGGGAGGGAAAUGCCGAGGCUGCUCGAGCGGCGAUGAUUCCGCUCGAAUUUCGCCGCCGUCCAAUUUCAGAUAGGAUUUCCUCGCGUUGCUCGUGCAACGAGUGACCGUAAACAGAAACCGCGUCCCCGACGAACAUGCGCGCUCACGGAAUGGAAACGUAACUGCUCUCCAAACUGUUUCCCACCGUCGAAAGGAUAUUAGAAUAAUUGAACAUGGCAGAGGAUGAGGGCACGGAAUGGCUGCAAGAAUUGCUGCACGACGUGCAACUCUCACAGUUCUUCACCAGAAUAAGGGAUGACCUGCAAGUCACCAGGUUGCAUCACUUUGACUACGUACAGCCGGAGGAUCUGGAGAAGAUAGGAUUAGGAAAGCCAGGUAUCAGAAGAUUGUUGGACGCGGUGAAGAAAAAGAGGAAUACUCAGUGGAAGAAAAGCUUGAUGACGAAGAUCAGGCCUGGCGGUAGUACGAAAAGCAAUAAGAGAUCCUCUCAGCCUGCUGAAGGUUCCUCGGUGCUAACGUGUCUCAUUCAGGAUAAGGAUGUGUCACUGUCUAUUAAAUUGGGUGAUGGUAGUUUCGGCGUGGUGAGACGUGGAAAGUGGACCUCUCCCUCUGGUAGAGUAUUGCCAGUUGCAGUGAAAGUUUUAAAAGCCGAUGCCCUGACACAACCUAGCGUUAUUGAGGAUUUCGUGGCCGAGGUCCAGGCAAUGCACACGUUGGAUCAUCACAAUCUCAUUAGGUUGUACGGGGUAGUAUUGUCGCAACCGAUGAUGAUGGUGACGGAACUGGCCCCUCUGGGAGCGCUGCUCGACUAUCUCCGAAAACAGUGCGGCCAAAUUUCAGUAUUAACCUUGUGCAACUACGCUCUGCAAGUGGCAACUGGUAUGGCGUACUUGGAAGCGAAACGUUUCCUGCACCGUGACCUAGCUUGCAGGAACGUUCUGCUCAGUUCAGUGGACAAAGUGAAAAUCGGUGAUUUUGGCCUAAUGCGUGCGCUGCCGCAGCAGGAGGACUGUUACGUGAUGACAGAACACAAGAAAGUGCCGUUUCCCUGGUGUGCUCCGGAAUCGCUAAAGGCGCGUCAAUUCAGUCACGCGUCAGACGUGUGGAUGUUCGGUGUAACGUUGUGGGAAAUGUUGACGUUCGGUGAAGAGCCGUGGGUGGGUUUAAAGGGAUCAGAAAUCCUUCGAAAGAUAGACAAGGAUGGAGAACGAUUGCACGAACCCGAGGCAACGCCGCCAGAUAUGUACCAAUUGAUGCUUCAUUGUUGGGCUCGGGAACCUUCGGAGAGACCGACAUUCGCCUCUUUGAAGUCGUCUCUCACAGGGAUGGUCCCAGCCGUGAUGAAAGCCGUUAGUCACUUCACGAUGGCCGGGAAAAUGACCAUAGAACAGGGCGAUCAGAUAGUUAUUUUAGACGGUCGGCCAGAGAACUAUUGGUGGAAGGGUCAGAACCAACGAACCUUCCAGAUCGGACUCUUUCCUCGUUGCUUCGUGGAUCCUAUGAGGCGAAAACAGCCGGAAGACAUCAGCAAGCCGCUAGAGAACUCCUUCAUCCAUACUGGCCAUGGUGCACCUUUCGGCAAAAGUUGGGGCAGUCCCAUUUAUAUUGACGACGUGUACCUUCGAAAUCCAAUGGAACCACCCGACGUCGUGGGUGUUACUGUUCCACCUGAAAAUCUCGUUAAGGACAAAUACUGCGGCACACCGAGAUCGCGAAAACAAUUUAACUACACGAAACUGCAAAACGACGUCGGUGCUAGCCCUGUGAAAACGACGAACACUUCUGUUCCCGGUUGCAGCCAGGAAGGCAGUUUGAUAGAUCUGUCGCCGGAGGAGAUGGUGAAUACGAGCGAGACGCAAUCAGACACUGCCUGUCGACGAGUGGUCAACAUCCUCGACGAGCCUAUCGACGAUCUGGAGCGACAACACCAGACAAACUGGCAGGACGACGAUCCUCGAACCUACGCCAAUUUCCCUGGUAACGUCGAUCCGGCUUACUCGGACCCAUUCGAUACUUCCUCUGUAUUCAUGAAGCUGCCCCAUUCGAGGUACUAUAGUCAAGUUCCUUCCGACGUGAGCAGUCGGUACUUCAAGACGCAGACGUAUGGGAAUGUGCAGAACCAGGAAGGUGGUGGUAGCAGUCAGGACAGUACAAAUUAUUUCACGGCCGAGUCCGCUACGGACGUGAAACACUAUUCCAUAAAUCUGAGCAAGGAGAGUAGGAACGAUAGUAUCAACCUGAAUGUGAACGUGGACACGGAGGAGAACAACGCGUACAGCCAAAACCACUACAGUGAAAUUGACAAACCUAGUCCACCUAUGACGAAUUGGUCUAAUUGGCCGGAAGACUUGCAGAAUGACGUGACGCAGACGUACGUGAAUGUUUCUAGUCGGAAUUUGCAGAGCUCUGACGCGCCUCCUCCUCCACCCGUGGCUCCUAACGAGAGCCCACCGAAGCCAAAGUCGAACCACGACUUGGCCCAAAGUCUGAGUGAGCUGACCAUCAAUUCUCGCAAUCUCUCCCCCAAGAAAUUAGACUCUGCUUUCUUAGCUGAGUUGGAGAAGCAUUUGGGUGAGAAGGAGGCGAGCAAGAACAUGAUCACCAGUCAACAAAACCCCGAUUUGUCUGAUUCUUACUCGUCUGUGAACAAGCUACAGGACAGCACGAUUCCAGCGUUGAGGCCUCCACCUCAGACCAUCAAGCGAAAGUCACCUCAGAUGGACUACAGAAACACCAAUCUACCCAGCAAGGUGCAGAAUUCCUGGCCAUCGAAGAGUACGAACAUCCAACAGCCUCCUAGAGCACAGCUUGAGCAGCGCUUGGAAACAAGCACGGAACAGAUGGUGGGUCAAAUCUGGCAGCAGUCUCAAGCGCAGCAGCACAACGCUUUCGCUACUGCCCAGAGUAAUAUGAACCUGUUGCAAAUAGCUCCUAGCAACGUGUCCAAGCCAACGUUCAAUCACGCACAGAACUCGCUACCAACGUCCAACCAAGCCAGCCACUUUCAGAAUCCUUCGUUGCCAACUGGUAGCCACGGAAUAACCCAGAUUCAGAACGAUCUUCACCAAGUACACGCCAGUAACGUAGCCUCCUCCUCCAAGCCUCCGAACGUCAUGUUCUCGGAACAGGUGUACGCAGAGUUGAAACAGACUGUACCAAAUCUGGACCAACUGUCACAGAACGAGUUCAACACGCUGUACAACAAAACGGUGCAGCAGAAUAUUUUAAGGAACUAUUACGCGGCUAGCACGUCGAGUAACUCCGCCAGUGAUUCGGCCAGCAAUCUAAGUCAUAGUCACUAUCUGGAGGGAGCUUCAGCCAGCUCCCAGACUCGUUCUUCGGGCCAGUCUGCGAGAAAUACAUCCGGCCAGGGUCACCCGUGCGACUUCAGCCCUCAUCUGAAGCAGCCGCCGGUAUACAAUCCUCCGCCGCCAGCCACGUGGAGUCCGAUGAAGUCGGUUCAGAACGAGCUGGGACAGGGACAGAUCGCAAUGAAGUCCAAUUUAGCCAGUAAUCUGGUCAACAGCUCCAAUCUGUUGCAGCUCACGCACACCAACCAGCCUCAAGAGGGCGCCAUGACGGCGCAAGCAUCCUCCUCGACGAGAUGUCUGCCUCCUCAGAUGACCGAGACAGUCGUUAAUACUCAAUUAGUCCCCUCCACGUCGGCGUACCCCUCUGGCAUCAGCCCACCAUUGACCGCCACCUCUCAACAGCUGGUCAUGUCUCUUAACGACGAAUUCCGAGCGAACAAAGUGAUGAAGGUGCAGAGAGAGGCGGCCGACGCGUCGCAACAGGAAAUACUCACGGCGUUACAGGCCACUGGCUGGGACACUAAUCAAGCGGCUAAACAGAUACUGAAAGACAGGCAGGCGAAGAUCGAGUCCCUUGUCAGAUUGGGCUUGGCAGACCGACAACAGUGCGAGGGUGCUUUGAAGCAGACUGAAUACAACGUAGAUUUAGCGGCUUCCCUCUUGUUAGACCAGGUCAAAUGAAGAGAAGAUAUUACAAGCGAGCGCGCCGUUACUGAAGAUAUUGUAAAAUAGUGAUAUAGGUAUAUGUAUUUAUAAACGAUAGCCAUACAACGCGUAAAAAGAAGUCGAGGCUACGGGCUCCGAGCAUAAUUAUUAGUUUCAUGUGUCCUCCUCGGAAAGACAUGGUCUUACGACCACGCACUGCCGGUCUUAUAACUGUCAGACCAUUUUGAAGAAUCAUUUUACAAGCGAAUCUUAAAUCUUAAAUCCGUGGAUUGAAAAUUGAAUUAUUUAUUAUUUUCAUUGUUUCCUUCCCUUGUGGAUUAUCUUCCCAGUAGAAUUAAUGUUGCCAUAAUCUCAUGGUGGAUUUUCAUGCAUUUAUGGGAAACUGGAACCAAAUAUAGAGUCGCAAUAUUACUUUCGACGUAAAGAAGAAAAUGUUGAAUUUUUUUUUAAAUUAUAUUCUUCAUACGAUACGAAUUAGUAUACAGUACGAAUGGUAUGUAAUGCAAUGUAUAAUGAAAUCAAGAACUGUCAAAAUGGUUAACACAAUUACAAGACGCAGUGUAUCUAAAGCUGUUCGAGGUUCUGCUCUGAGGUUUACAAAAUAAUUUCUGAAGAGAGAAACGUAUCAAUAUCGUCUCUCUCUCUUAUCUUUAUCGUUUAUAACUUGCUAAGGAGGAGCACGCGGGCUGCAUUCCAAAAAUUUCCUACUAAAAGAAAACGAAGGGGGAAAUUCCGCGAGUCGCCGUAGCGAACCGUGUCUCAGAAAUUUCGUAGAAAAUGAAAUAUUACUGUUUGGCUAGCGUGUGAACUGUGAACUGUGUUUUACAAAGAGGUUGGGUGGGGGUGAAAGUAAGUGUUUCUUUUUUCGAGCAUUACGUUCGCGUUACGUACGUGCUUCACAAAGUGUACAUGUUUUGUGUUUUCUAUCGGUUUGUUUUAUUCUGUAAAAGAAAUAUUGUUCGAUAACUGACCUCUCGAAAUGGGCAAAUUAUUCUUUUGUUUCCUCAUUUCAUAGAGAAAAUGUAAUUAAUUUUUUUCAAGUAUUAUUGUAAUUGUAAUUGAUAUGAUCUUCGCGUUGAAAUACUCAAGAGAUUUUUCUUUCUAGGAAAAAAUAUUUAUUGCUCGCUUUAAGGAAAUUCAGUGAGUUCGUGGCUAUUUUGUUCACUUGUGGCGUGCGAUUGUUUUUCAUGCCACGAAAGUAUUCUUCCACGUUUAGAGGGAUCUUCUAUUUUAAUACGAUCAGCAUUUUGACUAAUAGAGAUGUAGUAAGGAGAUUUUUAUUCUUCUAGAAAGUCUUCCUAAUGUUGUAACCCAGACUGUGAAUGUUUAUGCAUUUAUGAAAAAUUCAAAAGUUUACAAUGUUACAACAAUUUAAUUGAUGUAUUUUAAAACGAAUUUCCAUUGAGUAAUAAUUAUUAUCCAGAUUAAAUUAAAUUCAAAAUCUAUCAAAAUAAAAUUAUUUAGUUUAGAUGUAUUAGAAAAAAAAACAACAAAAUGCAUUUGAAACUAAAUAUUUGCAUAAACAUUUAUAGUUGCCCCAUAAGUGAACAAAAUGGCCAUUAAAAUCGAACGAUCACUAUAUUAGAUUAUGUCAAUUGGAAUCUGAAGCUCUUCCCGCCAAUGAUUGGCUGUCUGUAAUUAGACCUACGUGACCGGAAGUAAAAAGUACUCAUAGAGGACCUAUGUGUUUCAUAUAUAGCCUGAUAAAUUCCAUGUAAAAAUGGCAACUCUUGCAUGGUUGGUCUGUCAUGCAUAUUUAUGACAGUAUCACCGUGAAAGUACUGGUAAACGUCUAUGUUUUUAUAAUUGAAUUUCAUAGAGAGGAAAUUGAAAAGGUCUUGGAUUAAAAAGGUUGAAUUUUAACUGAAAAAGUAUAGAACUGUUGAAAGAUUUAUAAUAUUACAAUGGCGGUAUAUUGUAUAUUAUUUUGAUGUAUUUAGAAAUUCAGAAAGUUCCAAUUAAUUAACUCCAUAAAUUAAUGUAAUAGAUUAAAAUACAUUGUGACGAAUGAUUUAUUAUUGCAGCUAUUAAGAUAAAUUAACAGUGAAUUCUCCAAGGUAUACAAAAUUGAUAAAAUAGAAUGAAAUUAAAACAAACUUCCAUGAAAAGAUACAUUAAUAAAUUUAAUUCUCGUUAUUCUUUGCAAGCUCUAAAGUUGAAUCAAUCAAGGCCUAUAUGAAGCACAGAAUGAAAAUUAAAACGAAAAAUAAUUUAUAAAUUUAAAUACAAUUUAAGUUGACACUCGAUCAGCAUCAUUGGAUAAUUAGACUUUUGUGCAUUUAUGGGAAAUUUGGAAAUGUGCAAAAUGUCACAUAAUAUGUCACAAAAUAUUCAAAUUAUAAUGUCCUUGUAUAUAAUAAUAAUAAUUUUCUAUCGAAAUUGUUUCUCUCCGCAAUUUUAAAUAUUUCAAUAUUCAGUGUUUCGACAAAUAAAGUUCUACUGUGUUGACAAGUAGUUUAAGAGCUUAACAAGAGACGACUGUCAUUGUGAAGAGCUUCCGAUCCAACCGACCAAAAGCAAAAGCACUCAGAUCAUUUCCAAGAGGCACGACACUGUACGAGCAACGUCAAUUCGAAUUGCAUCGUUGGCACUCGAAGCCAGCUCGGUCACUUGGAGCAAAAAACUGUCUCCGAUCUGACAUAGUUCUAGCCUUACACGUGCACACGGCUCUCAUGUAAAAACAACGCAACCGUGGCUGACGAAAGUGUUCGAGUCUGAUAGAUAUACAGUGAUUCACGAAAGUAUUUGAACAUUUAUCGCAGAAAACUUUCAUGUAUAUAUGUAGAACAUUUUGGGAUUUUUUUCAAGACUAUAACGAGACACGAUUAUCAAUAUUAAUUUUUCUCCGAAACAUAUCAAAUCAAUAAAUUGAAACCAACAUUAAUUUAAUUCAUUAUAUUUUUGUAUUUUUUAUUCGUGAAUGUUCUUUGUGAGCAAAUUUUAGAAUUUAUUGGAAUUCUAAAAUUUUAUUUUGUUCUUGUAUGAACUGGUUCGAGAUCUAUUUAUUUAUUAGAAAUUGUACUAUCGACAUUCAGUGGAUAAUCGACUGUAAUUCUAUAUUUUCAAUAAUUUCCAAUGCUUUUUUCAAUCUUGUCUUCAAUAAUGUCUCGCGCAACGUUCACAAUAUGUUCAAGAAAAGAUCUCUCUAAGCGUUCAAAUAUUUUCAUGUGGAAUUGAAAGUGUACAUGUGUAUAAAGUUAGUUUGAUACUGCAGACAAGGAGGGGAAGAUGAUUGCCAAGUAGCGAGAAAUGUUGAAUUUUUGUAACUGUGAUAUGCGUUACUAAAGGCUCUAGACAGUACCGUUUAGAGAUAGAAAGAAAAUAAGAGAAAAAGAGAGAGGGAGAAACAGAGAGAAUUUCCUUUUUCUCUGUUGUCCUUAUUUAGAUAUAGAUUAGAUUAUUAUUGUGUAAUACGAGGAGUGUACAUAGCCGUUUUUAGUGACUGAGUUAAGCUUAUACGAUUCUUUUAUUCUUUUUUUUUUUUUUUUUUUU